AUGCUAGAGCACAAAUAUGGAGGCCACCUGGUCUCUCGGAGGGCAGCCUGCACAAUCCAGACUGCCUUCCGUCAGUACCAGCUCAGCAAAAACUUUGAGAAGAUACGGAACUCACUCCUGGAGAGCCGCAUGCCCCGGCGAAUUUCCCUAAGAAAAGUCCGAGUCCAGAACUCUGAAAGCUUCUCUGCUGAGAAAGCACUUGUGGAAGGAUAUAACUUUGUUGGCAUCCCCUUGGUGAGAUCUCCAUCUUUGCCAGCCACGAUCAGUGGGGCACUGACUGAACUGGAGGACUCUUUCACCGAACAGGUCCAGUCUUUGGCCAAAUCUAUUGAUGAUGCUCUUAGCACAUGGAGCCUGAAGACUAUGUGUUCCCUUCAAGAUGGCAGCUCCUAUCAGAUCAGAGAAACAUUCAGCACCAGCUCAAUGCAACCAAACCAAAACUUAGAAUCUGAAUUGAAGGACCAACAGAAAGAGGAAGGACUGCUGCCAGAUACACUGCCAAAGAGCAGCAGCACCCUCAUGAUGGCCUUCAGAGACGUCACGGUCCAGAUUGAUAACAAGAACAUCUCCGUCUCCUCAUCUACCUCGGUGUCAAUGGCCAACUGCCUUGCCAACAACACCCAGGCUGGGAUUUCUCAAACUGCCAAAAUAGAAGAAAUCCCAGAGGAAGUGGGGAAAGAGGGCCAAGAGUUGCCAACUGCCCCUGAAGGGCAGCUUGAUUCUGGAAUCCUCCAGAAUAGUCAUCCAGUAACUGAGGAAAACAUCAACACCAAUGGCUUGGGGGAAGGGGAGGCAGAGCAAGAGCAAAUGAAGCUUGCAUUUGGCUCAAACAACGAGGCUGGACAAAAUAAAGGCUCAGAGGUGGAAAAUGUAGACAAUUCAGAGCAACUGAGCAGUAGCAGCACCUCCACCUCAGCCAAGUCUGCCUCAGAGUUAUCUUCCAAGGAAGCCCUGCAGGCCAUGAUUCUGAGCCUUCCGCGAUACCACUGUGAGAAUCCAGCCAGCUGCAAAUCGCCUACUCUUUCCACAGACACCAUGAGGAAGCGUCUGUAUCGCAUCGGGCUAAACCUCUUUAACAUAAAUCCAGAUAAGGGGAUCCAGUUCCUGAUCUCUCGAGGCUUCAUCCCAGACACCCCAAUUGGAGUGGCACAUUUCCUGUUGCAGCGCAAGGGGCUCAGCCGGCAGAUGAUUGGGGAGUUCCUGGGAAACAGCAAGAAACAGUUCAAUCGAGAUGUUCUAGACUGUGUGGUAGAUGAAAUGGACUUCUCUGGCAUGGAGCUUGAUGAAGCUUUGCGGAAAUUUCAAGCCCACAUCCGGGUGCAGGGAGAGGCCCAGAAAGUGGAACGGCUGAUCGAAGCGUUCAGCCAGCGGUAUUGCAUGUGUAACCCAGAUGUGGUCCAACAGUUCCAUAACCCAGACACCAUCUUCAUACUGGCUUUUGCCAUCAUCCUGCUCAAUACAGAUAUGUAUAGUCCUAACAUCAAACCCGACAGGAAGAUGAUGCUGGAGGAUUUCAUACGAAACCUGAGGGGUGUGGAUGAUGGUGCUGAUAUUCCCCGGGACUUGGUGGUGGGAAUUUAUGAGAGGAUCCAGCAGAGAGAGCUCAAAUCCAAUGAAGAUCACGUGACCUAUGUCACCAAAGUGGAAAAAUCCAUUGUUGGGAUGAAAACGGUCCUCUCUGUGCCGCAUCGCCGGCUGGUCUGUUGUAGCCGCCUUUACGAAGUGACCGACGUGAACAAAGUGCAGAAGCAAGCCGCUCACCAGAGGGAGGUUUUUCUCUUCAAUGACUUGCUGGUGAUCCUCAAGCUUUGUCCUAAGAAGAAAAGUUCCUCAACCUACACAUUUUGCAAGUCAGUCAGCCUAUUAGGAAUGCAGUUCCAUCUCUUUGAGAAUGAAUACUACCCCCAUGGCAUCACCUUGGUGACUCCAGUUUCAGGCUCAGAGAAGAAACAGGUACUCCAUUUCUGUGCUCUGGGUGCAGAGGAAAUGCAGAAAUUUGUGGAAGACCUAAAAGAAUCAAUAGCAGAGGUGAUGGAGCUAGAACAGAUUCGAAUUGAAUGGGAGCUGGAGAAGCAGCAUGGAGCGAAGAACCUGUCCUUAAGGACUAAUGGGGCUCAGAUGGAAAUGCAGUCCAAGCAAGGAUCUCCAACAGGCAAAAAAGAAUUGGGAGAAAAGGUCCCGGAUAACACAGUGGAGGUUUUAAUCAAUGCCUCCCCAGCCAGACUGACAAUUUUACCAAUUUCCAGAGAUACAAUAAAAAGUUACUGCUAG